ACGUCACACCAAUCAUAUAGAAUAAAAAUGUAUGUUGUAUAUAAAAUCUUGAUGUUUGUGUGUGUGCGUAUUUUUAAUUCGCUGGCUAAAAAUUGGACGAAUGAAAAGAAAUAAUAAAUAAUCGGGGAAAAUGUUUUCACGCUUGGAGGAGGCGUCAGACAUUCUUUAUCCUCUCUUAGGUACAUUAUAAAUGAUUGGAAGAAUGAAAAAUGCUGACAGACAUUAUUGCGCUAUUUAAGUGUCAAAUGUUCGCGUGUGCAAGAACUAACCUCAAAUUUAAUGGCAAAAAAUCACUGCCACAAAAAUGCACAUUCGUCAAUUAUUGUUAGUCGUUUGUUUCAAUGUUACAAGUUACUCGUAAUAAUUAGAUUUUUAAAUUUAAGAAAAAAGUAAAAUAAUGUGAGUUUACGUGUUAGUGGUGAAAAAUCAGUUUUGUGGUGUAAAAUAAGAAAACGAGGGUCAAAUUUUUUUUUUUUAUUUUUUGAAUAGAAUAUUAUUUAUUUUCUCAAAUCUUUUGUUUUAAAUUUAUUUAAAAUUAUAAAAAAUUUCCAACAAAGUUACGGCAAAAUGAAAGGCGAAUUUUUUUUUCCAAAAGUCAAUUUUGCGGAAAGUUUUCCAUUUGAUAAUUUAUUCUGCCACCAUUGAGAAGACUGAUAAUUUUUUCUAUUUAUCAUAAAAAUUUAAGACAGAAUAUCAAUACAAUAAUGGACUUGAAUAAUUUGCUAGAAAUAAGGACGACGCUCAAGAAGGAAAAAUUUGAAAAUAAAAAAAAGUCAUAUCCAAUAAAACUUUCAAUGCCAUGUUAAAUUUUUUUUAUUGUAAAAAAAGAAGGAAUUAAUUGACCAGAAAAUGCAGGCAAAAAAACGCUAUUUGCUUCUAUUUGUCACAUGCGCAUUCCUUGGCUAUUGUUACUUUGGUGGUUACAGAUUAAAAAGUGACAAAAAUCAAAGUCAAUUAAAUCAUUUUCCUUACGAUAAACUCCCGUCCUAUAUAACAUUGAACGAAGAGUUCUACGAUAAGGAUUUACGUAUAAAAAAUCAAAAUUUCCUCAUUUCACAAAAUACACGUAAUUGUCGUAUGGAAACGUGUUUCGAUUUUACACGAUGUAAACAAGGUUUCACCGUUUAUGUUUAUCCAAUUGAAGACGCAAUUAGUCCACUUUAUCAAAAAAUACUCAAUGUCAUCACCGAGUCACGCUAUUAUACAAAUGAUCCUGCAAAGGCUUGUUUAUUUGUCCUUGCAUUGGAUACAUUGGACCGUGAUCCAUUGUCAACGGAAUUUGUUCAUAAUUUACCAACAAAACUAUUGCGACUACCACAUUGGAAUAGUGGGAAGAAUCAUUUGAUUUUUAAUCUUUAUUCGGGCACGUGGCCCGAUUAUGCUGAGGAUUCAAUGGCAUUUGAUUUGGGAUAUGCAAUGUUGGCGAAGGCGAGUAUGUCAAUAUCAAAAUUGAGACCUAAUUUUGAUAUAUCAAUACCGCUAUUUCAAAAGCAGCAUUCAGAACGUGGCGGUGAAUCUGGACAGGCUGUUGAAAAUAGUUUUCCAAGUAAUAAAAAAUAUGUUGCUGCAUUUAAGGGGAAGAGAUAUGUUCAUGGCAUUGGAUCGGAAACAAGAAAUUCUCUCUAUCAUCUUCAUAAUGGUAAAGAUUUGGUAUUUGUCACGACUUGUCGGCAUGGAAAAUCGUGGCGUGAAUUGCAGGACGAGCAUUGUCAACAGGAUAAUCAGGAGUAUGAUACAUAUGAUUACGAAAUUCUCUUGAUGAAUGCCACGUUUUGUUUGGUUCCCCGCGGUCGUAGACUGGGGAGCUUUCGAUUCUUGGAAGCAUUAAGGGCUGGAUGUAUUCCAGUUAUCCUCAGUAAUGGAUGGGCACUUCCUUUUCAUGAUCGCAUUGACUGGAAUCAAGCGGUUAUAUUCACCGAUGAGAGGCUCCUUCUUCAAAUUCCGGAUAUAGUGAGAUCUGUUUCAAAUACGAAAAUUCUCAAAUUAAGACAGCAAACACAAUUUCUUUGGGAACGAUAUUUCUCAUCGAUUGAGAAAGUUAUUUUCACUGUUUUUGAGAGUAUACGAGAGAGACUUCCUUGGGAGGGUUCGAGGGAGGGAAUGAUAUGGAACACAAGUCCUGGCGCGUUGGCAAUUCUACCUCAAUUCGCUGACAGUCAACAGGAACUUCCGUUUACGAGUAGUAAUCCGGGAAAUACGUUCACUGCGAUUAUUUACUCGCAGUUAGGAUCGACUGCUGUUCUUUAUCGCUUAUUAAAAAGUCUCGCCAAGUGUAAAUAUUUAGAUAAGAUUAUUUUAAUGUGGAACUCGGACAUUCCAUUGCCGAGGAAACCGCGCUGGCAGGGAAUCAAGGCGACAAUUCUUGUGGUUUCCGCCGAUGGGAUAUCACAUCGAUUUUAUCCUCAUCCACAAAUUAAAACUAGUGCCAUAUUAUCGUUGGAUGAAGACGCAACACUCAAUACCGAUGAAAUUGAUUUUGCCUUCAAUGUUUGGCAAUCGUUUCCGGAAAGAAUUGUUGGUUAUCCGGCGAGAUCUCAUUAUUGGGACGAUUCAAAGAGAUCGUGGGGCUAUACGAGUAAAUGGACGAACGAUUACAGUAUAGUUUUGACUGGAGCUGCUUUUUAUCAUCGUUACUAUAAUACUCUUUACACAGAACUAUUGAGUUCGACUCUACAUAAAACUGUCGAGCAAUCGCAAAAUUGCGAGGAUAUUUUAAUGAAUUUUCUCGUUAGUCACGUCACACGUCGUCCUCCGAUUAAAGUCACACAGCGCAAAUUGUAUAAAGACACAACGGCCGCUGGUAUCAGAUCGCCAUGGAAUGAUCCUGAUCAUUUUAUUCAACGUCAAACUUGUAUGAAUACAUUUGUCGCCGUCUUCGGUUACAUGCCAUUAUUAAGAUCAAAUUUAAGAUUGGAUCCAAUGCUUUUUAAAGAUCCAGUAAGCAAUAUGCGCAAAAAAUAUAGACAAAUUGAAUUAGUUAGUAAUUAGAGAUUUUUUUUUAAAUACUGUAUAGUGGGUACGAAUGGAUGACAUAAUAAUUAGAAUCAAUUUUUUUUGGAUGUGUACAAAUGAACGUGGUCACCGUUUUCUCUAUCUCUCUCUCUCUCUCUCUCUCUCUCUCUCUUUAUUCUUCAUAACUGUCUAUAUAUUUUCUCUUUUUAUAUAUAUAUUUUUUGUACAGUUUUUUAGUGGUGUACUAGUGAAUAUUUUAAAAAAAAAACGGUGACGUGAUGAGGCUACAUUAGAAAGAAUGUUUUUUUAAAUUAUUCAUUACAAUUUAUUGAUGACAUUUAUAUUAUUAUUAUUAUAUAAUUCUAUGAUUAUUAUUAUUGAUUGUUUGCAAUAUAUUUUGGGUAAUUUCGUACACUCAUAAUGUAUAUAUAAUAUAUUAUAUGUAAAUAUAUUUUAUUAACAUAGAA